AACGACUGUACUUCCUCUCUUAUAAAGGCAGAGUUAUUGAUCGAGUUGAGUACCUAUUGUACAUAUUUUUGCUGUGGUAUCAACAAUGUCACAUGAAAUCAGCUUGAGCUCUCUGCUAGAAAGCGGUGAAGCGGUUACCUUAGACGUGGAGUCAUUGGCCUUGGACGACCUGCUGGAGGGAACUGAGGAUUACAGCAACGAGUCUGUGAUCGGCAACAAGUCAUUCAUUGGUGUGUGCAACCUGAAAGAGGGCAGGCACUUCGAAGCUGUUUUUAUACCUGUCCUGUAUUCCGUGGCCUUUAUCGUGGGCAUCGUGGGCAAUGGGGUGCUUCUGGGAAUUCUGGCUCGGGGCAGAAAGACGUGGAGUGUGACGGACACCUUUAUUCUGCACCUGGCAUUGGCUGACAUCCUGCUGUUGCUCACGCUGCCCAUGUGGGCCGUGCAGGACGCCCAAGGUGUCGGUUGGACCUUCGGCACGCCUCUUUGCAAGAUCACUGGCACUGUUUUGACAAUCAACUUCUACUGUGGAAUCUUCCUUCUGGCGUGCAUCAGUCUGGACCGCUACCUGUCCAUCGUGCAUGCCACUCAGAUGUACUCCCGCCGGAAACCCUGGGUCAUCCAGUCCAGUUGCCUGGCUGUCUGGCUUUUGUCAUUUUUCCUCUCCGUGCCAGACUGGAUCUUCCUGGAGGCGGUGAAAGAUGUAAGGCGAAACAAGACCGAGUGCAUACGAAACUUUAACUCCUGGCAACUUGCAUCGCGUCUCCUCUCCCACAUUGUCGGUUUCGUGCUGCCAUCACUUGUGCUCAUCUUCUGCUACUCGUGCAUCCUGCGCCGGCUGCGUUGCGGCACGGUGGGGCUCCAGAAGCAGAAGGCAUUCCGGGUCAUCGCUGCUGUGGUAGUGGUGUUCUUUCUCUGCUGGGCGCCAUUCAAUGUUGUCCUCAUUGUGGACACGGCCUCUUCAGAUGACACCAGUACCAGUUGUGAAUUCAGAGCUUCCUUGGCAAAAGCUUUGAUUAUCACCCAAACUAUGGGCAACCUUCACUGCAGCCUGAACCCCAUCCUGUAUGCUUUUGUUGGGGUCAAGUUUCGCCAUCAGCUCUUGGACAUAUUGAAGGUAAUCACCUGCAAAUCCAAGACGGGCAUCAAACUUCAGUCAGUGGGCAACAGGAGAGGAUCCAUUUGGUCUGAGUCUGCAGACACUUCCAACUCCACAGCAAUCUGAAACCAAUGUUAACAUAACCAUGCACAAUGCACACACCCCAAAACAAAAAAAAACGGUGUGAGGUGUGGGGAGGCGCAUAUAAAGAGAAAAUUUCAUUGUAUUAUAAUAACAACCCUGAAUUGCUUUGUUUGGGUAUGCCCAAGGACAUACCUUUACAUGUAUUUCUGAGAAUGUCUUUUGUGAAUACAACCAUUUUCUUUGCCCCCUUUUUUUAACAAGCACUGAUAUAUGUAUGCAUACCACAAUAUUGCAAUAUGCUGUUCCAUUUACGCAUAUACAUAAAUAAAUGUUUUUUUCCCUGAUUUGCACAA